AUGGCCUCUACUUCGACUGUCAUUGGUGUUUCUUCUAUCUUCCAUUCUACUACUACUAAUGGUUGUAGAAGAGCAACAACAACAGCAGCCGCAAAUUUGUCACCAGCUAUACCAUCUUCUUCUUCUGCUGCUUCUUUUUUGUCUGAAAGGCCUCCCCACUUCAAUUCUUUGAUAGCCAAAACCCAACUUAGCUUUAAACACAGCCUUAUUAUUAAUAGCAACAGCAGCAGCAGCUUCACUCCUCCUAGUGUUAUCGCUACCCCAAAUUCCAUCCUCAGCGAAGAGGCCUUCAAAAGGCUAGAUGGGUUUUCUGAUUUUGAAGCUGAUGCUGAUUCCGACGAUGCUGUCGAUUACGACUCUUCUGAAACUGAACCAAAUAAUAAUAAUAAAAAUACUGUUAGUGAGGACGAGCUUGACGUUUCUAAAUUGGGUUUGCCUCACCGCCUUGUCCAAACCCUCCAGAGUCGAGGAAUUACUCACCUUUUCCCCAUUCAAAGAGCUGUUUUAAUUCCGGCUCUGGAAGGCCGAGAUCUCAUUGCUCGUGCCAAGACUGGGACUGGCAAGACAUUAGCCUUUGGCAUUCCAAUCAUUAAACGCCUUACUGAAGAUGCUGAACUAAGAGGUUCACAAAGGCGAACUGGCAGGCUUCCUAAACUUUUGGUUCUAGCUCCUACUCGGGAGCUAGCAAAGCAAGUUGAGAGAGAGAUUAAAGAGUCUGCACCUUAUUUGAACACUGUUUGUGUCUAUGGAGGGGUUUCCUAUGCCACACAGCAAAAUGCUCUUUAUCGUGGGGUUGAUGUUGUGGUUGGAACUCCAGGUCGAAUCAUCGACCUACUGAAAGGUAACAGCCUCAAAUUGGGAGAGGUUGAAUAUUUGGUUCUCGAUGAGGCUGAUCAAAUGCUUUCAUUUGGAUUUGAGGAGGAUGUGGAAGUUAUUUUAGAAAGUCUACCAUCAAAGCGCCAGAGCAUGCUUUUCUCUGCAACUAUGCCUACCUGGGUUAAAAAAUUGGCAAGGAAAUAUUUGGACAAUCCUUUGCAGAUUGACUUGGUUGGUGAACAAGAAGAAAAGCUGGCAGAAGGAAUCAAACUUUAUGCAAUAUCAGCCACAGCAACUUCAAAGCGGACCAUUCUUAGUGAUCUUGUAACGGUCUAUGCAAAGGGCGGGAAGACUAUAAUUUUUACUCAGACCAAACGAGAUGCUGAUGAAGUCUCUACAGCAUUAACAAACAGUAUAGCUUCUGAGGCACUGCAUGGAGAUAUAUCUCAGCAUCAGAGGGAGAGAACUUUGAAUGGUUUUCGACAGGGAAAGUUCACUGUGCUUGUUGCCACAGACGUUGCAUCUCGUGGGCUUGAUAUCCCGAAUGUUGAUUUGAUUAUCCACUAUGAACUUCCCAAUGAUCCAGAAACUUUUGUGCAUCGCUCUGGUCGUACUGGACGUGCAGGGAAGGAAGGUACUGCCAUUUUGAUGUUCACUAGCAAUCAAAGGAGAACCGUCAGAUCCCUAGAGCGUGAUGCAGGGUGCAAGUUUGAGUUUGUUAGUCCACCAGCUAUUGAAGAGGUUUUGGGGUCAUCAGCUGAGCAAGUUGUUGCUACUCUAAAUGGAGUUCAUCCCGAGUCUGUAGAGUUUUUCACCCCAACUGCCCAGAAAUUGAUUGAAGAAAAAGGAACAAGUGCUCUUGCUGCUGCACUAGCACAUUUGAGUGGAUUUUCUCGGCCUCCUUCAUCUCGGUCUCUCAUUAGCCAUGAACAAGGAUGGGCAACGUUGCAGUUGACGCGCGAUCCAACCUAUUCUAGAGGGUUUCUAUCUGCUAGAUCUGUUACUGGAUUUCUUUCUGAUGUUUAUCCUGCAGCAGCUGACGAAGUUGGAAAAAUACAUCUAAUUGCAGAUGAAAGGGUUCAAGGAGCCGUUUUUGAUCUUCCAGAGGAGAUUGCAAAAGGAUUGUUGACUAAGCAACUACCACCUGGAAACACUAUUGCAAAGAUCACCAAGUUGCCUACAUUGCAAGACGAUGGUCCUCCAAGUGAUUUUUAUGGAAGGUUUUCUAGUAGGGAUAGACCUGCUAGAGGGGGUCCUAGGGGCCAAAGAGGUGGUUUUAGAUCUUCCCGUGGUUGGGGAAGUGGUAGAGAUUCUGAUGAUGAAGGCAUGUACAGGCGUGGUGGUCGAAGUAACAGAUAUGAGAAUAGUUUUUCUCGGAUGCCAAGAAGCAGUGGAGAUGAUUGGCUGAUAGGUGGUAGAAGAUCAAGCUCAAGCAGGCCAUCAUCUCGGGAUAGAAGCUUUGGAGGCUCUUGCUUUAAUUGUGGGCGGUCGGGGCACAGAGCAUCGGAAUGCCCUAACAAGGAAGAUUUUUAA